UGCGGAAAAGCAUGAAAGCGGACACGCGUAGAUGCUUGGCUUUGACGUAGGCUAGAAUCACAGUUGUGACCAGACACUAAGCGUUUCUUCUAACUUACCUGCAUUUACCUGGUCCGCUCACAUCCACCUGUUGUCCCAUCGGCGGCAAGUAGGCACACAAAGACGGUGGGACUGUGAGUGAGGAAUGAGAUGAGGUUUUACCCCUAUAAGUUAGCAUGUCUCUUGGCGUUCGGGUGUUUUGUGUCGGUUACUUGGAUUAAAUCGAUUCCCAGUGAUGAAGGUUCAACAGUGAUGCCUGACCUGCAGAUCCUGUACAAGCGUCUGCUGGUGGCCGAGGAGCUGGGGGGGCAGGUCAGUCAGGAUCUCAGCAGCAUCCUGGAACAGCUAAGGAACCUUUCCAAAACUGGCAACGACACCUAUCUUUACUCUGUCCACAACAGGACAGGCUUUAAAGAAACAGAAAAGCAACCUACAGGCUUGCAAACAUUCAUUCAGCCCAAUAUUUACAUUUUCAUGCCCCACCUCAGACUCCAUCCGGGCAGCCUUGUACCUAAUGUAGUGCUGGGACAGGGACGUCGUGGAGUGUCCGUGGUGCUUGGCAUUCCCACUGUGAAGCGUGACAAGCAAAGUUACCUGGUCAACACGCUUAGCUCUCUGCUAUUUAGCCUGACUUCAUCACAGUGCCAGGAUCUCCUCAUCAUCGUCUUUGUUGCUGAGACAAACUUAGACUAUGUGAACAGUGUAGCAGAGACCAUCAUGAAGAAUUUUCCCAAGGAGGUGCAGUCUGGAUUGCUGGAGGUCAUCUCUCCUUCACAGUAUUACUACCCUGACUUCGCCAGCCUUAAGGAGACUUUUGGAGACUCCAAAGAAAGAGUCAAAUGGCGAACAAAACAGAAUCUGGACUUCAGCUUCCUCAUGCUCUACGCUCAAGACAAAGGAACGUUUUAUGUUCAGUUAGAGGAUGAUGUUGUUGCUAAGUCGGGCUACUAUGACGAGAUGAAGGCCUACGCCACAAACGAAGCUUCAAAGCCAUGGCUCUACCUUGAGUUCUCCCAGCUUGGAUUUAUAGGCAAGUUGUUUCGCACCCGGGACCUCCCAAUGAUCGCCGAGUUCUUCCUCAUGUUUCACAGAGACAAACCUAUUGACUGGCUGCUGGAUCACAUUCUGUGGGUGAAGGUUUGCAACCCCGAGAAAGAUGAUAAACACUGCACAGAGCAGAAGGCACUACUCAAGCAGAGGUACAAGCCUUCCCUCUUUCAGCAUGUUGGUCUCCACUCUUCUCUGCCCGGGAAACUGCAGCAUCUGAAGGACAAAGACUUUGGGAAGCAGACGCUGUACAAGGCUCACAAUAACCCACCUGCAGAGGUGAGCAGCACUUUGAAACACUACCAGACGCACAGUUUGAAAAGUGCUUACGAAGGACGAGAUUUCUUCUGGGCAAUAACUCCCCUCCAGGGUGACUACAUCCUCUUCAACUUCUCCCAGCCAGUCUACACUUCUGGGUACCUGUUUCGCAGUGGAAAUAUCGAGACCAAUGGAGAUAAAUUCUUCAAUACAACAGUGGAAGUACUGCCUAGCAGUGUGCUGGCAAGACACAAAGUGGCCAUUCCUCAUUACAGGGAGUCGGGCAAUGGCUUCAUCAUUGUUGGUGAAUUUGUGAAUGGAUUAGCUGAAGGAAAGAUUGAAGCAGCACUGCAGCCGGUCUCUGCACUGCGCCUGGUGGUCCACUCCGACUCCGAUGUCUGGGCUCUGCUGAGUGAGAUACUCAUUAAAGUUUGAAGACCACAGACAAGAAGGAAACUCUCACUCAGGCUGAUUAGUGCGCCACCUGCUGCACAAAGACUUUGUCUACAUGGACGUCCAAUAAAAGGCUUACAUGUGCCUAAACUGCCUGUUAU